AUUGAUUCAUUGGGAUGAGACAUAGUCAGGGUGAGGUAUCAUGACAAUUACGAAUGAUCUGCGGGAUCGGACUGAAACUCACAGACUUUACAUCGAAAAUUAUCACUUUGAACGGGAAAAGUGAAUACAAACUUAACAAAGUCUAGAGAUGGCGACUGGUGGCGGGGAAAACACACAAGUGGAGAGAGUUCCGACUCCACCAAUACCAGAAGGAUGUCAGGUUUUGAGCCACCAGGUGGCCGGACAUAUGCACGGACAUGGCCGAAGUAAAGCAGGAAUGCUACAACACCUAGAUGGAACCAUUUUAAAACCUACGCAAUGUCCUCCAAAAGGUCAGCGGGAAUUAGAUUUUUACACAGAAUUGUUUCGUGAGGAUCAAGAUGAACCUGUUAUGUUGUCGCUGCAAUACUACGUGCCAAGAUUUCGUGGGAUUUUCACGACCCCAUCCAACCCAGACACAAUAUACAUGAAACUGGACGACGCAACUCAGAAGUUCCAUAAACCUUGUAUAGUAGAUGUGAAAAUGGGAAGACGCUGUUAUGAAGAUGGUGCUCCGGUUGAGAAAGUCGAACUUGCCCUCAAGAAAUACCCACCAGUCGAACAGGUGGGGUUUCAGAUACUUGGCAUGAGGAUAUAUCACCCAUCUGUAGACCAAUAUGUGUUUUAUGACAAGACUUAUGGUAGGAGCCUAGAUGAAGAUCAAGUCAUUGAAGGUAAAAUUAAUAUGAUUUAA